AUGCACGUUUGCUGGCUGCUGCCUUGUGUGCUGGGGAUCCCCUGCCUCUGGCCUGGCUUUGCAGUGGCAGGAGACUCUAGCAGAGAGACUGAUGAAAAAUGGGCAGACUCUCAUUGGAGAGUGAAGCGAGGCUGGGUGUGGAACCAAUUCUUUGUACCAGAGGAAAUGAAUGGAAGUUAUCACAUUGGACGGCUAAGAUCUGACUUAGACAAUGGAAACAACUCUUUUCAAUACAAGCUUUGGGGAGAUGGAGCUGGAAGUCUUUUCACCAUUGACAACAGAACAGGUGACCUAUAUGCCAUACAGAAGCUCGAUAGAGAGGAACGGUCCCUCUACACUCUGAGAGCCCAGGUAAUAGACACCACCACUGGAAGGGCUGUGGAGCCUGAGUCUGAGUUUGUCAUCAGAGUUUCGGAUAUCAAUGACAAUGAACCAAAAUUCCUAGAUGAACCUUAUGAGGCCAUUGUCCCAGAGAUGUCUCCAGAAGGAACAUUUGUCAUCCAGGUAACAGCAAGUGAUGCUGAUGAUCCUACGAGUGGCAAUAAUGCACGUCUCCUGUACAGCUUACGACAAGGACAAGCCUAUUUUUCUGUUGAACCCACAACAGGAGUCAUAAGAAUAUCUUCCAAAACUGACAGAGAACUGCAAGAUGAAUACUGGGUAAUUAUUCAAGCCAAAGAUAUGAUUGGUCAGCCUGGAGCACUGUCUGGAACAACAAGUGUACUAAUUAAACUUUCAGAUAUUAAUGACAAUAAGCCAGUAUUUAAGGAAAGUUUCUACCGCCUAACAGUCUCUGAAUCUGCACCCAUUGGAACAUCUAUUGGAAAAAUUAUGGCAUAUGAUAGUGACAUAGGAGAGAAUGCAGAAAUGGAUUACAGCAUUGAAGAGGAUGAUUCAAAAACAUUUGACAUCAUUACUGAUAAUGAGACUCAAGAAGGAAUUGUUAUAUUAAAAAAGAAGGUGGACUUUGAGCACCAGAGCCACUACGGUAUUAGAGCCAAAGUUAGGAACCGGCAUGUGGACAAGGAGCUCCUGAUUUACCACGCUGAUGCCUCCACCACUUUCAUUAAGGUCCGAGUGGAGGAUGAAGAUGAGCCUCCUAUUUUCCUCCUCCCAACUUAUAUAUUUGAAAUUUUGGAAGAAAAUCCACAUGGAGCUUUCGUAGGCACAGUAUCUGCCAUAGACCCAGAUCAAAGGAAAUCGCCCAUCACAUAUUCCAUUACUGGAAGUAAAGAGUUCACUAUCAGGGACAAUGGCACAAUCAUUGUCACUAGCACACUUGACCGGGAGAUCAAUGCAUGGUACAACCUAAGUGUCACAGCCACAGAAAGAUACAAUGUUCAACAGAUUUCUUCAGUCCCUGUGUAUGUACAAGUUCUAAAUGUCAAUGAUCAUGCUCCUGAGUUCUCUGAAUACUAUGAGACUUAUGUGUGUGAAGAUGCAGAUUCUGGUCAGGUGAUUCAAACCAUCAGCGCAGUAGACAGAGAUGAAUCCAUAGAAGACCACCACUUUUAUUUCACUCUCUCUGCAGAAGACACAAACAACUCAAGUUUCACAAUCAGAGAUAAUCAAGAUAACACAGCUACAAUUUUGACUAAUAGAAGUGAUUUUAGCCUUCAAGAAGAGCCCAACUUCUUCAUAACCAUUUUAAUUGCGGACAACGGGAUUCCAUCACUUACAAGUACAAACACACUUACCAUACAUGUCUGUGACUGUGACGACAGUGGGAAUACACAGACCUGCAGUGAUAAAAAACUCGUGCUUUUCUUGGGACUCAGGGUGGAAGUAAUAAUUGCUAUUCUGAUCUUCAUUAUGGUAAUAUGUGGGUUUGUAUUUUUGAUGUUGGCUCUAAGACAACAAAGAAAGCAGAUCCUCUUUCCUGAGAAAGGGGACGUCUUCGGAGAGAAUAUCUUCUGCUAUGAUGAUGAAGGAGGUGGAGAAGAAGACACAGAGGCCUUCGACAUUGCCGAGCUCAGAAGCACCACGGUGAUGCGGGAACGCAGGGCUCGGAAGACCACCUCCGCGGAGAUCCGGAGCCUCUACAGGCAGUCUCUGCAGGUGGGCCCCGACAGCGCCCUCUUCAGGAAAUUCAUCCUGGAGAAGCUGGAGGAGGCGGACUCGGACCCCUGUGCCCCACCCUUUGACUCCCUUCAGACCUACGCCUUCGAGGGCUUGGGGUCCUUGGCCGGCUCCCUGAGCUCCUUAGGGUCAGCCGACACCGACCGGGAUGAAAAUUUUGAUUAUCUUAAUGAGCUGGGACCUCGAUUUAAAAGAUUAGCAUGCAUGUUUGGUUCUGCAGUGCACUCCAACAAUUAG